AUGUCUUCCACUGAUGUCAAAACGAUCAUACCGGCUCCAGCAGGUUAUGUCGUCGACUUUGCCAAUCCGCAGACGCAGUACAUUGCCCAAUCGUACACAGUUGUGGCAGUGGAGAUGACUUUGGCUUUCAUCUUCCUGCUUCAGCGACUGUACACGAAGAUCGUCAUAAUGAAGAAGUUCCAACUAGAAGACGCUGUUGUCAUCGUGGCGUGGGUUCUAUGUAUGGCUACGCAGAUAUGUCUGCUCCUUGGAAUCGCCCACGGAGCUGUCGGAAGGCACGCUUGGGAGAUUAGCAUUGAAAAAUACGGCUACUACUCACGUAUCAUCCUCGCGGCGCCACUGCUGUAUGCAAUGGGUACAGCGGCAGCCAAAUGCUCACUUGCGCUCUUCUAUUCCCGCCUCAACCCGAACAAAAUCUUUCAAGCUUUCGUGUGGUCGACGCUUGCGGUGACCCUCAGUGCUUAUAUUUCAAUCUUCUUCAGCUUGUUGUUUGCAUGCAAACCCAUAGCCGCAAGCUGGGAUCCGUUGCUCUUGCCGAUUGCGGUGUGCAUCAAUCGUGGUGGCAUCUACAUUGCACAAGCAGUGAUUGGCAUAGUCACCGACGUCUUGCUACUCGCACUGCCCAUACCAACUGUUUUGAAGCUCCAGAUGCCCACGAAACAAAAGUUCGGGUUGGUGGGCAUCUUUGCUGUCGGAUCAAUCACCAUCGUUACGUCAAUUGUUCGCCUGAUCAUACUGCUGCCCUCACUCACAACGGCCGAUCAGACAUGGGUUAUUGGAGAGGGAUGUCUGUGGAUUUUCAUCGAAGCAAACCUGCUCAUCAUGUGCUGCUGCCUCUCGACCCUCCGCCGAUUCUUCAAGCACUUUGCACCGCGCCUCAUCGGCGAAACGUCAUCCACCGGCAACAGCAAGUCGCGUUCGCGUGGCUUUUCAAACAACGCUAGACAGCAUACAUUCGGCAGCGGCGGUGCGAAGCGCACUCUCGACAGUUUCAUGAAUACGAAUAACGAUGACAAGCCCAUCGCGCUCACGUCCUUUGAUGAUCUGGAUAAGGGUGGUGCAAAUGCAGCAGCGCAUGCCAAGAGCUUGGGAAAAGACACCGAUAGCGAGGAGGCUAUUUUGUAUGAGAGGAGUGUGCAGGUCACGUAUGAGACUGCCGGGCAGAACGGCAGAAGUAGCGCGCAGGCGCAUCAACCCGAGGUUUGGAGCGGCAGGAGGUUCUAG